UAGUUACCGAACCGACGCGACGUCUGGAUGCGUUACCGAGCGACAGUGACGCGGAAAAAAGUUUGUUAACGUAUUUUGAACUAAAAUAAUUUAAUAAAUAUUCGAGUAUAUAAGUGGACUAAUGUAUUGAACGAGGAUUUUGUUUAUCGAGUUUUUUGUUGGAUCAGUUUUUUGGAGUUUGGAAACUAUUGUGGACGUUUGGAUUACCACAGUACUGGAAUUCUACGUAAUAGCUGCACCAUGGUUCAACGCCAUACACUGCAAUAACAUUACAAAACAAGUUGUUGAAGACGCAUGACGAAACAUGGACAGCGCAGGCAACAAUACCACAUUAUAUGACGAUGACGCACUAUACCCAAGCGAACUGGCCCUUCAUACUGAAUUUAGUUCGGCAGAAACUGUUAUCACAAGCUGUACCAAAUGGCCGAUGGAAAAAUGUCUAGAAACAUUUCUUUUUAAUGACACACCUGCUGAUGACGUCAUAAACAGCAUUUACGUCUACAACGGCACUCAGAUCCGAUGUUUGGAUCACGCCCCAGUUUUAACUAAAAGCACUCUUAUCAGAGCAAGCGUACUCUCUGCAAUGGCUGUAUUAUCAUUCUUUGGCAAUUUGGCAACGAUUAUUAGUAUACAGAGAGGUAAAAGGGGCCGAGGAAGAGCGAGACCGUCAUGGACAGCGAUUUAUAGUUUGAUAUUCCAACUGAGCAUAGCCGACUUGUUGGUGACUGUUUUUUGCAUAGCCGGUGAAGCGGCAUGGUCGUUCACAGUACAAUGGUACGCUGGGAAUAUAGCAUGCAAAUUGUUCAAGUUCCUGCAGAUGUUCGCUUUGUAUCUGAGUACUUUUAUACUAGUGCUUAUUGGAGUGGACAGAUGGCUGGCUGUAAAGUAUCCGAUGCGAAGUAUGGCGACUGCGACGAGAAGUGGAAGACUCGUAAUUAUCGCGUGGGUGCUGAGUCUUGUACUAAGUGUACCACAGGCAGUGGUAUUCAGCGUGGUACAAGGGCCGUUCGUGGAAGACUUCUACCAGUGUGUCACACAUGGCUUCUACACGGAGCGAUGGCAGGAACAAGCUUAUACCACAUUGUCAUUGGUGUUCAUGUUUAUACUGCCUCUAGUCAUACUUGUGUCUACAUACGUGUCUACGGUUAGGACUAUUGCUAAGAGUGAAAAGGUAUUCAAGCCCGAAGUAAGGAGACAGGAGAAGUACUUUACUCCCGAUAUGAAUAGGAGGAGACUCAUUGACAGGGCGAAAAUGAAGUCUUUGAGGAUGUCGGUCGUCAUUGUCGCGGCUUUCCUUAUCUGGUGGACACCUUAUUACGUUAUGAUGAUCAUCUUUACAUUCUACAACCCUGACAAAGACCAAAGUGAAGAGCUCCUGAGUGGGAUUUUCUUCUUUGGCAUGUCAAACAGUCUAGUCAAUCCCGUUAUAUAUGGGGCUUUCCAUUUGUGGCCCAAGAAGAAUCGGUCUCACCGACAUAGCGACAGGGAGUCAGGAGGCCACCACGCUUCACUGCUCCGUCGAGGUGACAACAACACUUCUUCCAUCAGACUGACCUUCAACCGCUCCAUGAGGUCCUCCGCCAAAUACUCUAACGGACACAACGUUAGUUUAUUAUAACCACUGCGAAAAAACAUGAACAAACGGGUAAUAACUAUACCCGAAGAAACUGUGCAUUUGAACACAAACAGACAAGUGACUUGUGUUGUGUGCAUCGAAAGACAAAGAAUGAGUAGUCGGUACCAUUAUACCGAUUUUUAACUGUAUAUAAGUGAGUAAAUAAGCGUAGAUUUAAGAUUUGCUGUAUAUAUUUUGUACAUAUUUCUAAGUCUUUAAAGUAGUGUUUUAUAAUGUAACGGUGGCUGCGCAUCUAAAAAAGAACGUGCAAUAUUUUUGGCGUUCGUUUUUAUAUGUGUACCUACCUUAAUGCCAUUUGAUGUUGUGAUCUGAGAUUAGUAGAGUUAUUAAAGUUUAUUAUGAAGCUUU